GAGUGUACCGGGACAUGUAGACCAGCCAAAGGCAACAGGGAAAGCAACAGCAUCAAUUCAGCCGGGAUCCUACAAGCCGUUUUCACAGAAAAGCCAAGGGUUUAAUCAUGUGUGGGAUUUUUGCUUACCUGAACUACCAAGUGCCUCGCACCAGAAAGGAGAUAUUUGAGACGCUGGUGAGGGGACUGCAGAGGCUGGAGUACAGAGGGUACGAUUCAGCAGGUAUUGCCGUGGACGGUCCGAAAAAGACAACCACUGACCUCAACAACAACACGAUCUGCUUGAUCAAGAAGAAAGGGAAAGUGAAGGCUUUGGAUGAGGAGUUAUACAAAAAAGACUCACUUGACCUGGAUGCAGAGCUGUGCACGCACUUCGGCCUGGCUCACACUCGCUGGGCCACACACGGAGAGCCCAGCGCCGUCAACAGCCACCCUCAUCGCUCGGACAAGGACAAUGAGUUUGUCGUCAUCCACAAUGGCAUCAUAACCAACUACAAAGAGCUGAAGGAGUACCUGAUCACCAAAGGAUAUGAGUUUGAGUCAGAUACGGACACAGAGGUGAUCCCAAAACUGAUCAAAUAUGUUUACGACAAUCGAGAGAGCGACACCAUCCCCUUCUCCAUGCUGGUAGAGAGGGUCAUCCAACAGCUGGAGGGGGCCUUCGCUCUGGUCUUUAAAAGCCGUCAUUUCCCUGAAGAGGCUGUCUCUACCAGGAGAGGAAGUCCACUGCUCAUUGGUGUGCGAAGCAAGCACGAGCUGCCGACUGAACACAUCCCUAUCCAGUACAACACCGCUCAUUUCAAAGAGGCCGUUCAAGAGAAGAACAGCCACAACCGACCUGACUCAACCAAUGCCAUCAACUCCGUUGGCGAUGGUAGACCUGUGGAGUAUUACUUUGCGUCAGACGCAAGUGCCAUUAUUGAGCACACCAACAAAGUGCUGUAUCUGGAGGAUGAUGACAUUGCAGCUGUGAGCAGAGGGAGGCUCUCAAUCCACAGGAUAAACCGGCAGGCUGGUGAAGACCCAGUGAGAGCGAUUCAGACUCUGCAAAUGGAGCUGCAGCAGAUCAUGAAAGGAAACUAUGAUGCCUUCAUGCAGAAGGAGAUCUUUGAGCAGCCAGAGUCGGUGGUCAACACCAUGAGAGGUCGGAUUUGUUUUGACUCCAACACAGUGGUCCUUGGAGGACUGAAGGACCACCUGAAGGAGAUUAAACGUUGCCGACGGCUAAUCAUGAUCGGCUGUGGCACCAGUUUCCACGCGGCAGUCGCUACCAGACAGCUCCUGGAGGAGCUGACAGAACUGCCAGUCAUGGUGGAGCUGGCGAGCGACUUCCUGGACCGCAACACGCCCGUUUUCAGAGAUGACGUUUGCUUCUUUAUCAGCCAGUCAGGAGAGACAGCCGACACCCUGAUGGCACUGCGUUACUGCAAAGACCGUGGCGCCCUAACGGCUGGUGUAACCAACACUGUGGGGAGCUCCAUUUGUAGAGAAACUGACUGUGGAGUCCACAUUAACGCUGGGCCAGAGAUAGGAGUGGCUAGCACCAAGGCUUACACAAGUCAGUUUGUGGCGAUAAUCAUGUUUGGCCUGAUGAUGAGUGAGGACAGACUCUCCCUACAGAAGAGAAGACUGGAGAUCAUCAAUGGCCUCAAGGUGUUACCUGAACUGAUAAAGAAGGUUUUGUCAUUGAAUGAGAAGAUUAAGGCCAUUGCCAGUGAACUCCGUGAGCAAAGGUCCCUUCUGGUUAUGGGUCGGGGUUACAACUAUGCUACCUGCCUUGAGGGAGCGCUGAAAAUUAAGGAGAUCACAUACAUGCACUCUGAGGGCAUCAUGGCUGGAGAGCUUAAGCACGGUCCUCUGGCUCUCAUUGACAAGCACAUGCCUGUCAUCAUGAUCAUCAUGCGUGACGCCUGCUACACUAAGUGUCAGAAUGCUCUGCAGCAAGUCACUGCGAGAUCGGGUCGGCCGAUUGUCAUCUGUUGCCAGGACGAUGCGGAGGUGACCGAGAACGCUUACCAGAGAAUUGAGCUGCCACAGACUGUGGACUGCCUGCAGGGCAUCCUCAGCGUCAUCCCCCUGCAACUGCUGUCCUUCCACCUGGCGGUUCAGAGAGGAUACGAUGUUGAUUGUCCAAGAAACUUGGCCAAGUCUCUAGGAAGCAGGGAAAAGUCUGUCAGCCGUGACAGCCGGGCCGUCGGUUCUUCUGAACUUUCAGAAGUUAUAGAAGGACCUGGAAGACGGGGGGAGGUGUUCUGUCUGUGUUUUGGAUGCAUGGGAGCUCCCUGGGAGCGGCGACGGGAGACGACAGCGCUGGUGGUCCUGACUGUGGGGGACUCCACCUUCACUGUUCUCAAGCGCUACCAGCAGCUUCGUGCCAUCGGCUCAGGGGCCCAAGGCAUCGUCUGCUCCGCCCUAGACACAGUCCUGGGCAUACCUGUGGCAGUGAAAAAGCUGUGUCGGCCCUUUCAGAACCAGACCCAUGCAAAGCGGGCCUACAGGGAGCUGGUGCUGCUCAAAUGUGUCAACCACAAAAAUAUCAUCCGUCUGAUCAAUGUCUUCACGCCUCAGAAGUCUCUGGAGGAGUUCCAGGAUCUGUAUCUGGUUAUGGAGUUGAUGGAUGCCAGCCUGUGCCAGGUGAUCCACAUGGACCUGGACCAUGAGAGAAUGUCCUACCUGCUCUACCAGAUUCUUUGUGGCAUCAGGCACCUGCACUCAGCUGGGAUCAUCCAUAGGGAUCUGAAGCCCAGUAACAUUGUGGUCAAGUCAGAUUGUACUCUGAAGAUCUUGGAUUUCGGCCUGGCAAGGACGGCCUGCACUAACUUCAUGAUGACCCCAUACGUGGUAACCAGAUACUACCGAGCCCCGGAGGUGAUUCUGGGCAUGAAGUAUAAGGAGAACGUGGACAUCUGGUCAGUAGGGUGCAUCAUGGGAGAGAUGGUAAAAGGCAGCGUCAUCUUCCAAGGCACCGAUCACAUCGACCAGUGGAACAAGGUGAUUGAGAUUCUGGGCACGCCCAGUCUGGAGUUUAUGAACCGACUGAUGGAAACCGUAAGGAACUAUGUGAUGAACAAGCCACAGUACCCAGGCGUCAGCUUUGCAGAGCUUUUCCCAGACUGGGCUUUUCCUUCUGAGUCAGAACAUGACAAACUGAAGACAGGUCAAGCACGGGACUUGCUCUCCAAAAUGCUGGUCAUUGAUCCUGAAUGCCGCAUCUCUGUAGAAGAAGCCCUCAACCACCCCUACAUCCACGUGUGGUACGACCCCGCAGAGGCAGACGCGCCUCCUCCCCAGAUUUCAGAUAAGCAGCUGGAAGAGAGAGAGCACAGCAUUGAGCAAUGGAAAGAGCUUAUUUAUGAAGAGGUGAUUGACUGGGAGGAGAGGAACAAGAAUGGUUUAAUGAAAGAAGAUUGUUCAGAUGUGGUGUCAGGUUCAGCCUCCCAGUCCUCCUCUGCCAACGACAUCUCCUCCAUGUCCACAGAGCAAACCUUAGCGUCAGACACAGACAGCAGCAGCAUCGACACGCUGACAGGACCGCUGGACGAGAGUCAGUGAACGUUCUCUCACCGGCUCCAGUCCUCUCCCCCUUUUACCAUGUCCAAUAUCCGUCUGGCAACAGCAAAUUCCCCUUGUGUAGGCUGUUUGUUUUUUUCACCGUUCUGUUCAAACCUCAAUAUGCAGGUCUAUUUUUCUAUUUUCUUUCACUGUGUGAUGUGGUGGAUCCCGGUGAGCUUCUUUGAAAACUCAAUUUAGGACUGCUGCUUAAAGGUCGAAGCUAAAUGCGCCAUCUGUUGUGUCCAGAGGUUUGUUCUCUUCUUCAUGGAUAGUCUUGAUCAUGUACACCGUGUACAGCGUAUGCACCCACAUUGAUUUUCAGGUCACCAGAUAUAGGUGGUGGUGGGGGGGGGGUCGGUGUCCUUAGUCUGCGUCAAUGUAUUUUAGUGGGUUUAUUGUAUUUUAUUCUUUUUUUGUUAGUUUGUUUUCAGGAAUCAUUCAGUUGAGAUGAGACUUUAUCAUAAUAUUAGAGCAGACGCACACUCAUCAUAGAUCACAGUUGCUAGGUGCCCUUGUGCAUGUUAGACCAAAAAGAACAAAAGCUUGACAGCAUCCAAUGAUCAAAGGCCGAUAUGAAGUGUGAGUGAAUCUCUAGCACGCUUGAAUUAUUGCAGAUAUCCACGGUGGUGCUUUCUGCAUGGUGUUUUUUUUCCUUGUGUUUUAAAAAAAAAAAGUUUUUAUUAAUUGGCAUGAGUGAUGUGGAUUUUGAGCUUUUACUCCUGACAGCAAGGUAAGCUGUGUUUGCAGUGUUACAGUUUUAUUUCCUGAAAUAGCGUACUGUAUGUAAAGAUGUCAAGAUAUGACCCUCAGUAGUUGUUGUAGACCUUUUCCUUACAAAUAGAUAAGGUGUGCUCGUUGUGUCAAGACAAAUAUCUGUAAGAACCUUAUAUAGAUGUAUAUCUCAAUCACCCCCAUUUGACUUAAGGUACGGAAUGUCAGUGCUGAUCAGAUCAUAAGCCUAGAAAUCGGAAAGUGGCAUAAUGGCACGUGUAUUUGUUAGUUUGUUUUUGCAAAAUGUUGCACACAAAACCGCACUGAAGCCCGUGAAAAUUCAGCCUCACACGAAAGCCUUUCAUUGGCAAAUAAAAGCACGGGCUGCUCCUUUUCUAAACCAUUCCAUUAGAGCUGGCAAAGUCACGAUUUAAUCCUGAAAUCAGACAACAUGUCGAGGACAUGUGAGAGGCAGUAAAACACAGCAGUCAUGUUUAACCCGCAUGAAGUCUCCACGAGGAUUCGAUGCCAUAGGUUUUGUUAUAAGGAGAUAUCCGUUCAGGUUUGCUCUCUCACUUUUAGUACCUUGAUGCUCUCAGUUCUCAGAGCCUGACUGAAAAACUAUGUAUAUUUUGCCUUGUAAGCCUCUGUGUGUAUAUGAUAUCAAAAUGUACUGUGCAGCACUCUUUUUUUUUUUUUUUU